UAAGAACUGGUGCAUAUUUUAAAGGUUGAUCACAAAGCUUUUCUUGUUGGCACCUAUUUUGGGAUUAAAACCAGUGAGAAUAUUAUUUCCCCUUCAGCAGUUCUGCCCUACAUAGAUAUUAAUGGAUCUGCAGUUCAAACCUGCUGCUGCAUCAACAGCAGAAACACUAACAGGAAGAGGAGGUUCUGAGCUACAUUAUGUCUUAGCUGUAUUUCAGUCCGAUGCUGCGACAGUCAGCAGCAAGACAUCAUGGACGUCCCAGCUCUCUGCAUCAGACUGUGUGAGACUUCUUGUCACUCUGUCUUUUUAUCCAGCAGACAAAUAUCUGGGCACUCUGUUUAAUAAACAUCUCCCUUCAUUUGUCUCUCCAGUGAUGGAUGUGUUGCUCCUGUUGGUUGCACAAGUUGACUUCAGUUACUUUGCUCAGAAAGCUGAUGCAGCUUUUCCUCGAGUUUCUCCAGACCGACUGCAGUUCUUUGAGUAUGAGACCGUCAGUGUGAGUUGUGAGGAGUUCAGUGGCUUGACUGAAUGGAGAGUGAUGAGGAAGCUCAACAAAAUAAUUCCAACAAAUUCUUACAACUGGAACUCAUCGGCACCGUCCUGCACCAUCGAUCCUGCCUUUCAAAGACACAGCGGGGAAUACUGGUGUGAAGAUGCAGAGGGAGAAACGAGCGCUGCUGUCAACAUCACUGUCACUGCUGGUUCUGUGAUCCUGGAACUUCCUGCCCGUCCUGUGCUGGAGGGACAUGAUGUGGUUCUUCACUGUAGAAAGGAGAAAACUCAGUCAAAACACAUCACUGAUUUCUACAAAGACAGUUUCGAACUCGGGACGUCUUAUGUAAACAACAUGACGAUCCACAAUGUUUCCAAGUCUGACGAAGGAUUCUACAAGUGCAAAUUAUCUGGAGCUAGAGAAUCACCGGAGAGCUGGCUGGCUGUUUCCAAACAAAGUGAUAAUACCACACUGCAAAAAUACUCUGUUACAAGUUCGAGAAAAGACGACGAGACUCGUCCUCCCCACACUCGCUCCCCUGAUCUCCUCACGCUGACGUGGACUGUUGUCACGACAUUGGUCGCCCUGCUGCUGUUGGUGAUGGGACUGUUUCUCUGCUGGAAACACAGAGUGUCAGCUGGUGAUAAUGCAGUUGUUCCAGACAACGUGACAUAUGCUGUUGUAAAUUACCAAAGGAAGAAGAAAGAGCCAGGAGUGUCCAGAGCAGCAACCAAGCCAGGUUCACCGGAAAGGAGUGUCUAUAGUAUAAUCAACUACAGGCCACGUGACUGAAGGACCGAGGAGAUGUUCAAAGCUCUGCUUUUGUAUUUUAGUAACACAUUUAGCAAAGGAGGAAGUCAUGCUGUGUAGUCACGCUCUGUAACUCUACCUUUUUAAUUUCUUAUAUAUUCUUCAAUAUGUAAAAAUGUACAAAUGUGUUAUUUUGUUACAUUUGAAAUCAUUGCAAAGCACAUGUUUUCUUGUCCUUCCAUUAUCAAUACUGUAUCUGUAAUCAUAAAGUGAAUAGUGAUGUAAAUCUGACAAACUUUUAGAAUCGCUUCAAGAUCUAUAAAACCAUGAAACAGCAGUGCAUUCAUAGACAAAAAGUAAUAAAACUCCAGUCCACAGUA